AAACACUUAAGCUACGCCACUGAAUGCAGAUCUAUAAAUCAGGACUCAGUAGAUUCAAAACAACUUACUACAUGCGGGAAAAAUGGCAGGGUUUGAGGAUCUGUUUGACGGAAAUAGCGAUGAGAAGAUUACUAUUAACAAAACUUAUGCUAAAAAAUAUAAAAAGUUUAAAGAAUGUCAAGAACUUGAUAAGUUGAAACAAAAAUAUGGUGAUGAGAUUUUAUCAUCAGAGUCGUCAUCUGAAGAAGAGGAUGACAAUGCAGAGUGUGUCACACCUCAAAUAGAACAAGAUUUUUUGAAUAUCUUAGGAAUGAUUAAGGCAAAAGAUCCAAAGAUUUAUUCAAAUGAAGUUAAAUUUUUCAAUGAAAAAGAAGAGAAUUCAGAGGAGAAAAAAAAACUGACCAAAAAACCUCUAUUUCUAAAAGACUUUGAACGACAACGUUUAUUAUCGAAAAAAGAAAAAGCUUAUUUAAGUGAUAGCGAUGAAGACAUAAAUAGUUUAGAAGAAAAUCAAUUGACAUAUAAUGAAGAACAAAAACAGAUAAAAGAUAGCUUUAAAAAUGUUGACAUAGAGGACGAUGAGGAGUUACUUAAAAUUCGGGAAAAAAGCAAAGAUGAAAAAGAAAAAGAAGACGAGGAGUAUAAAAAAUGGUUAAAUAAAGAAGAGGAAAAGCAAGUAAAAUCAAAUCUUUUACUUGAUGAAUAUUGGAAAGAUGGGAAAAUAGACGAAGAUGAAAAGUUUUUACGUGAUUACAUCCUAAAGAAACAGUAUAUAGAUAAAGAUAACGAUAGAAUUCCUACUUACAAUGAGGUUGUUGGUGAGUUAAAUAGUGAACAAGAAGAUGAGGAUGAGAAAGAUCUUGAAAAAGUUGAAGAUUUUGAAAAAAAAUUUAACUUUCGAUUUGAAGAACCUGAUCAAGAUCUUAUCAAAAGAUACCCAAGAACAAUAAAAGAAUCUGUUCGAUGUGAAGAUGAUAGACGAAAACAAAAACGAAAAGAUAGGGAAGAACGCAAAAAAAAAGAAAAAGAGAAAAAAAUCCAAGAGCUGAAAAGAUUAAAAAAACUUAAAAGAAAAGAAAUUAUUGAAAAAAUUGAAAAACUUAAAGAAAUUACUGGAAACAAUAAAGUAGGGUUUUUAGAAGAAGAAUUAGAUGGAGAAUUUGAUGCUGCAAAGUAUGACCAACUUAUGAAAAAAGUAUAUGACAAAGAGUUUUAUGAUGUAGAAGAAUAUGAAAAACCAGUUUUACCUGAUGAAGAUGAUCUUAAGGAAGAAAAUUGGGAUGAGUGGACAGGUGCAGAAAAAAAUGAAGAGUUACAUUUUGAAGAUCCUGAUUUUAAUAUGGACGCUGACUUUGUUCCCACAGUAAAAUCAAAAAAGAAAAAGAAAAGCAAGUUUGAGGAAGCAUUAUUAAGAAAAAAACCUGUUUUUAAUCCAGAUGAAAAAACUUUUGAACAGUAUUUUGACGAAUAUUACAAACUGGACUUUGAGGAUAUGAUUGGAGAUAUGCCUGUGCGAUUCAAGUACAGAAAUGUUAUGGCAAAUGAUUUUGGACUAUCGACUGAAGAAAUCCUAAAAGCAGAAGAUCGUGAAUUAAAUCAGUGGUGUUCUUUAAAAAAAACUAUGCAAUACAACACAGAAGAAGAAGAAAAGAAAAAUAGACAGAAAUACAAAAAAAAAGCUCGUGAUGUUAAAAAAAAGCAAAGGCUUUUGCCAUCAUUAUUUGAAGAAAAAGAAGAAAGUGAGAGUGUCAAUCAUAUAGAAGUUAAUAAACCAAGAAACAUAAAGCAACUUCAAAAGAAAAAGCUUGGUGUUUGGAGCAAAACUCCGCUCAAGAGAAGUUUAACAACUAAAUCCUUUAAAAGUCAAUCUCAACACACAAACUCUAAAGUUAAAAAAAUAUAUAAUCAGUUCAAAGGUGCAAAAAUUGACAGUAUGAAGAAACUAUCUCUUGAAAGAUUAGCUGCUUAUGGUCUCGAUAAACGAAAUACAAAAAACAAAGAAAAAUAAAUCUUUUAUUUCGAAAA